AUGGUGCUUCUGCUGGUCGUCCUCAUCCCGGUGCUGGUGAGCUCGGCCGGCACGUCGGCGCACUACGAGAUGCUGGGCACCUGCCGCAUGGUCUGCGACCCUUACGGGGGCACCAAGGCGCCCAGCACGGCCGCCACGCCCGACCGCGGCCUCAUGCAGUCCCUGCCCACCUUCAUCCAGGGCCCCAAAGGCGAGGCAGGCAGGCCCGGGAAGGCGGGCCCGCGGGGGCCCCCCGGUGAGCCCGGGCCGCCGGGCCCCGCGGGCCCCCCGGGCGAGAAGGGCGAGCCCGGCCGCCAAGGCCUGCCGGGCCCUCCCGGGGCGCCCGGCCUGAACGCGGCCGGGGCCAUCAGCGCCGCCACCUACAGCACGGUGCCCAAGAUCGCCUUCUACGCCGGCCUCAAGCGGCAGCACGAAGGCUACGAGGUGCUCAAGUUCGACGACGUGGUCACCAACCUCGGUAACCACUACGAUCCCAGCACGGGCAAGUUCACCUGCUCCAUCCCGGGCAUCUACUUCUUCACCUACCACGUCCUGAUGCGCGGAGGGGAUGGCACCAGCAUGUGGGCCGAUCUCUGCAAAAACAACCAGGUGCGUGCUAGCGCGAUCGCCCAAGACGCUGAUCAGAAUUACGACUAUGCGAGCAAUAGUGUGGUUCUUCAUUUGGAGCCAGGAGACGAAGUCUACAUCAAAUUAGAUGGUGGGAAAGCCCACGGAGGAAACAACAACAAAUACAGCACAUUUUCUGGAUUUAUUAUCUAUGCUGACUGAUCAUGCAAAAACUAAGCUUAUUACUCUGAGUUUGGACGCUGGAUUCGUAUGGCUAAUGUCAGUGAAUCGAGGACCCCAGGGGAUGCCGGAUGCGGGGCACCUCAGCUGUGUGUAUGUGGGGAAUUCAAAUGCUACCUGACUCACAUCUGUAUACUCAGAAACAUUAUGUAAAAAAAAAUAUUAAAAACAAGAUAAGCAGAUGUUGAUCCACUACCGCCAAAGCAAAUCCUCCUAUUGUUAGUGUCCAUGUGAAUGAAGUCCUAUAUAGAUCACAAAUUUUUAUAGAAAAAUCUAAGACACUGAAUUAUUUCUUCAAUAUAUAUGAUACUUUGGUGUACUGUGAUCUUGCUGCUUUUAUCCAUAUGUCAGCUUUGGUUCUUGUGAGUUUACCUACUUAUUAUGAUACUCGGGGUCCAUUCAUAGAGUGGGGAAGAAUGAUUUUUACCCUGCAGGAGGAGGUCUCGUUGACAUAAUGCUGCUUGUCCCCAAAGAAAUUGUUUGCCUUGUACUCCUGUUAACCUUAGAGCUAGA